CCGGAAUCGGGGCUCACAGCAAGGCUACGUGGCUAGUCCUGGCUACCGUGCCAAACCAGCUCCGGAACUACAACGAGAACGGUCGUGCCAGGAGCGCCAAUGUGAAGCAUACGUACCGGCGCUUGCAGAGCACAAGCGCAGCCACCAGCUCGGCGGCCAAGCCGGACGAUUCCCGGAACAUAGACAGGCGUACAACCAAAGCCCCCUAGCGCGCAGCGAGGCAGCGCCGAAGGAGCGACCAGGCAUCGUCACUCAUCCAGCCGCAGCCCAAGUGGGAGCAAGCGCUACCGGUACCAUGCAUCCCGAAGGCCCUUUCAGUGAAGGCCGUCCAAACGGCCACACCAACCCAACUUGUCCUCCCAGCAGCAGCGAGAGCGACGACAACAACUCCUCUUGCGCCGUCCCCUGCACCGACAUUGUUCCUUUCUCCCCGAAAACCGCAAGCUGCCCAGGCAACACCCUCGCCCUUCCCUCCGCUCCUACCCCUGCAGCCCCACAGCCCCUCGUUCUCCCUCCUCCUGCUCCCUCCACCUCCGUCACGUGGCACCAGCUGGCUGACAUGUGUCCUCGGACCGCCCGAGGCCGCACGCUGCGAGUACGACUCCUGGAUGAGCCCGUCCCGUUCUUUCGUUGGACGGUACUUGCAGUGGAUGCCGUAGGCAACGUCGCCUUGCUGGCCUUUUAUCAUUCCGACCAGCACAAUCCACCACUGCCGGGGCUCCGCGCAGGGGCCUGGCUAAGCUGGAGCAACCCCGCUGGGCAUGUCUUCCUGGACGGGCGAUUUGGCGCGCGCAUUGAGGAUGAGGAUCUGCCGAACAUUACGGUGAUGGACGAGCGCGGCCGCGUCUGUGAGUUCUCCGGCGCAGGCAGACGUCGC